AUGUUUGAAGAAGAUUAUUCUAGCGAUAUUCUGCAAGCGUUAACCAAUGAAUUUGUCAAAGAUCUUCCUUCUGACUUUUUGCAAAAACUAGAAAACAUUGAUCACAUUGAUAUUUCAACUGCAUUGAACGAAGUUGAUUCAUCCGAAUUUCACAGUCACUCAAUUGAUUCUUCAACUCGUCCUGCUGGAGCAACGGAUCUUUAUGCUCUCAGUGAAUCCGAAGCAUAUCAAGUCUCAUCAAGAUCUGAUGUGCACACAAUUCCUCAGGAGUUGCCGAUAACUGAAAGAUACAACAAAGAAUGUCACUGUUUUGACUGCCAAAAUGCUUUUGCUCAGUUUAAUGUGAAAAUUCCAGCAAUUCCAUGUCUUCCAUCUGCAGUUACAGAUAAUCGCACUUUCAUUCCAUCAACACAAAAUAGAUGGAAUACUACAUUUGAAUUUUCUACCUUUAACAGAUCUCCAAUACUUGCAGUACCAAAUAAUUUGAAACUGAAUACGAAAUACAACAAUUUCAAACCCGAAGAUUUCUCUGCUCAUCCCCAAACCCUCAAAGAAGCGACCAAAAUGUUGACAGCUGAAAUUCCAGAAGGAGUCAAAGUUAACACCGAAUAUAUAUCGAAAACUAUGAGAGAGUGGCUUUGGGUGUCAAAGAUAUCUAAAGAUACAUUUAUAACCAACAUUUUGGAAUGCAAUUCAACCACUUACACACGAUACCUACACUUGCCACCAUCUUUUGAAGAAAUGGAUAAAUUCAGUUACCAACGAGAACUUUAUCGAGUGUUGUACAAUUGGAUAUCGUUUCCAGAAGAAGUGAAACAUCAAAUAAUUAAACUGAAAAUUCUUGACCAAAGGUGA